UCAUUCUUCAUUCCCAUGGUAAUGCUAAUUUAUCAUAUAAUGUCCACUUUCCUUGUUGAAAUUUCAUUCUCAUCCCACCUUGUAGGUGGUAAUGAGUGGUAAUGAAAAUUGCUUCCCUUUGGAUCCAAAAAUACAAGUUUAGGGGUGAGAUUGCUUGCCCAUGGAGAAAAAAUGCCUCCCCAUGGAGAUUUUAAGGGGUUUUUCCUAAUAAAAUUACACUUAAAAUUCAUUCUCGUUACCACAAUUUAUUAACGACUACCAAACGGGCUGUAAGGAUUUUAUCUUUUGAGAGAGUACGAUCAAUGAACACCCAUUUAAGCGAGUCAAUGGUUGACAAUCUCUCGUAUAUACUCCAUACAAAACGAGUCUGGCUCGACCUCAUCGUUGACAAUCAAAGUAAGCAAUUUGACUCUUCUUUUUAUUGGCGCACUAUUUUUUUUCAGAGUACCGAACUGACUUCUCUUUUGUUAUUCAACACAAUGGCUCUGUUUGGGGAGGCAUUUUAGGUGCCUAAAAUGAUAAGUUGUUAAAACUUUUAUGUGCUAAAAUGAAUUAGGUGUGUUUGGGAAAUAACUAAAAUAAAAUUUCAGUUCCUAAAAUGACUGAUUUUGACAAGGUAAAAAAUAUAACGUUUGAAAAUCAGGUACCUAAAAUCAGGUACCUAAAAUCUUGGAAUAUGACGUAAAUUACAAAAAAAUUACGGCUCACACCAAAAUUCUCUCUCAUUCUCUCUCGUCUUCUCUACUGCGGAUUAUUGGCUUCAACCUUGUACUGCGUUGCUUCUCAAAUUCUGCAUCAGAUGAUGACAUGAUAACUUUUUGUGACAUUUUGAUCGCCUCAACGGAUGAAAAAGUAAAAGGACGUGCCAUAAAGUGGGUAUUAGUUCAGGAUGAGUUUGAGAAAAGAACUAAACGGAAAUGUCCAAUAAAAAGUAUGAAGAAUAAGUAUGAUUGGAUGAGGAGAGAUUGGCAGCUUUGGAAAUUCUUAAAAACAGGGGAAACCGGGCUUGGGUGGGACCCUACUACGGGAAAGAUCAAAGCUUCAAUUGAAUGGUGGGAAAAGAAAAUUAUGGAGAAACCUGAAGUAAAAAAGUUCCGAAAUAAAGGAAUAGCUCCCGAGAUAGAAGAUUUAUGGAAUAGGUUGUAUCAAGAUGGAUAUGCUACUGGUGAACAUGUUGUGUCAACAAGUAUUGACCCGUCGAGUGUGAUUGUGGUUAAUGUAGAAGAUGAAAGAAGUGGUCAGGAUAAUGAUGAGGGUGUUAAUGAAAAAGAUAAGAGCACUCAGGAUGGUAUUUACCCUGAAUAUUAUCCUGACUUAGAUAAUGUGGAUAGUCAAGGGCCAAAUUUUUAUAGCAAUUUACUAAAAGAUGUCUCAUCCCAAGUACCUAGUUUUUCUGUCAGUGGUGAUUGGGGUACGCAAGCAUCUGAUUUAGGUGUUAGUGGUAGUUCCAACACUCACAUUCCAAAUGCUGAUUGUCAGGAUACUACUACAGGAAGUGAGCCCUCCAACCUAAAGGGUAAAAAUGGUACUAGAUGCUCUAAGCAACCUCAAAAAUGUGGUACAAGAACUACAAAACCCAUACCAAUGAAACGUAAGGGAAGACAAUCUAGUGGAUCGGCUAUGUUAUCUAGUCACAUUAACACUAUGGUAAACACUUGUAGUCGAGCAUUGGAAUUAAUGGAGUCAGAUGCUGAUCAUCUUGGUAGUGUAAAUGCACAACGCACUUAUAAUGAUACUAGUAUUGCUACAGCAAUGACUAUUAUUAAUGACAUGUGUGCUUCUGAAUGUGGCCUUAUAAAAAAUAGUGAGUUAUGGUGUUAUUUAGUUCGUUUGAUCGAGGACGGUGCGAGAAGAGAAAUUUUCAUAAAAAUGGAUGACGAUGAAUCAAGGAUGACUUGGUUGGGUUACAUGCAUACUCAAGGCAUAUGAAUGGUUUUCUGUUAGACUCAUUUAGUUGCUUUUAUGUUUUAGUUUCAUUUCGAGAUUAAUAAAUUAAUGUAGUCAAUAUGACUGGUAGUUUGUAUUAAAUGUUUUUUUUUAUUAGCGAAUGUGAAUGACAAAAAUUGAAUUAUGUUUUUGUGUGUUAUAAAAUUAUAUUUAAGUUUGAUUAAAUUUUUGCAGUUUUAUUAUUAUAUGGUUACUAGGUAUACACGAUGGACAUUGAAAGGAGAAAGAAGAAACGAGAAAAAUUAUUUUGGGUGCUCAUGACAUGUAAUACAUGUGCUAUAGCAACAUAUUUUUGUAAGUACAUCUACAAAGAACCAUGCAUGACUUCCAACCAAACAGGAGAAGACUGGAUGAAUGACGUUUUAAACGGACAUUACAUACGAUGCAUCAAUGCUUUUAGGAUGGAGUCAAGUGUGUUUAGACAAUUAUGUGAAGAACUACAUCUUACAUAUGGACUGGAACCGAGUAAGAAAAUGACUGUUGUUGAAAAAGUCGGUAUAUUUAUCUACACUCUUGCAUUGGGUAUAUCUAAUAGAGAGGUAGCAGAACGAUUUCAACGUUCUGGUGAGACUAUUAGUAGAGCAUUUCAUGAAGUUCUAGAAGCAAUUAGUGGCCGAAGUAGGGCUUAUAUGGGUCUUGCACGUGAUAUAAUAAAACCAAAGGAUAGAAGCUUUUCAGAUAUACCAUCCCAAAUUGAACAUGACUCAAGAUACAUGCCAUAUUUUAAGGAUGCUAUUGGGUGCAUUGAUGGCACUCAUAUUGAUGCAUGCAUUCCUGAAGCAGAGCAACUGCGUUAUAGAGGAAGGAAAGGGAUCCCUACUUUCAAUGUCAUGGCUACAUGUGAUUUUGAUAUGUGUUUCACUUUCAUUUCUGUUGGAUGGGAAGGAUCUGCUCAUGACACUCGUAUUUUUCUUCAUGCACUUCACACACCAGAAUUAAACUUUCCAAAACCACCUGAAGGUAAGUAUUAUUUGGUUGAUAAGGGAUAUCCAGAUAGAAAAGGCUAUUUGGUACCAUAUCCAAAGACAAGGUAUCAUAAGGAUGAAUAUCAACAUGAGCCACCAACUAAUGAAAAAGAAGCUUUCAACCGCUCUCAUUCUUCCCUUCGAAGUUGUAUCGAGAGAUCAUUUGGAGUUUUGAAAAAAAGAUGGAAAAUAUUACGGCAAAUGCCACAGUUCAGUAUCAAUACUCAAAUUGAUGUCAUAAUGGCCACCUUUGCCUUACACAACUACAUACGAAAAAGUUCAACAAAUGACCUUAUGUUUAGUAUGCUCGACAAUAAUCCGGAUUAUAUGCCAAAUGAAGAAAUCCCGGACGUUGCUGAUUACAGAAGUAGCGAAACAUCAAGAGAGACUUCUAAAGAGAUGGAUUUGGUUCGUGACGGUAUUGCUAAUCAAAUAUGGAGUAGAACAUGA